UAGGACAAAAUGUUUCUGCUUUGAACUCUAGCUUGUAGGUCCAGUGGGAUUUAUGAAAAGUGCCCUCUCUAGAGCUGAGGAUGAAGAAUGGAAGAGAAUACGAUCAUUGCUCUCUCCAACCUUCACCAGUGGAAAACUCAAGGAGAUGGUCCCUAUCAUUGCCCAGUAUGGAGAUGUGCUGGUGAGAAAUCUGAGGCGGGAAGCAGAGACAGGCAAGCCUGUCACCUUGAAAGACGUCUUUGGGGCCUAUAGCAUGGACGUGAUCACUAGCACAUCAUUUGGAGUGAAUGUCGACUCUCUCAACAAUCCACAAGACCCCUUUGUGGAAAACACCAAGAAGCUUUUAAGAUUUAAUUCAUUAGAUCCAUUCAUUCUCUCAAUAAAAAUCUUUCCAUUCCUUAUCCCAAUUUUUGAAGCAUUAAAUAUCACUGUGUUUUCAAGAAAAGUUACAAGUUUUCUAAGAAAAUCUGUAAAGAGGAUAAAAGAAGAUCGCCUCAAAGAGACACAAAAGCGCCGAGUGGAUUUCCUUCAGCUGAUGAUUGACUCUCAGAAUUCGAAAGACACUGAGUCCCACAAAGCUCUGUCUGAUCUGGAGCUUGUGGCCCAAUCAAUUAUUUUCAUUUUUGCUGGCUAUGAAACCACAAGCAGUGUUCUCUCUUUCGUUAUGUAUGAACUGGCCACUCACCCUGAUGUCCAGCAGAAACUGCAGGAGGAAAUUGAUGCAGUUUUACCCAAUAAGGCACCACCCACCUAUGAUACUGUGCUACAGAUGGAGUAUCUCGACAUGGUGGUGAAUGAAACGCUCAGAUUAUUCCCAGUUGCUAUGAGACUUGAGAGGGUCUGCAAAAAAGAUGUUGAAAUCAAUGGGAUGUUCAUUCCCAAAGGGGUGGUGGUGAUGAUUCCAAGCUCUGUUCUUCAUCAUGACCCAAAGCACUGGACAGAGCCUGAGAAGUUCCUCCCUGAAAGGUUCAGUAAGAAGAACAAGGACAACAUAGAUCCUUACAUAUACACGCCCUUUGGAAAUGGACCCAGAAACUGCAUUGGCAUGAGGUUUGCUCUCAUGAACAUGAAACUUGCUAUAAUCAGAGUCCUUCAGAACUUUUCCUUCAAACCUUGUAAAGAAACACAGAUCCCCCUGAAAUUGCGCUUUGGAGGACUUCUUCAACCAGAAAAACCCAUUGUUCUAACGGCUGAGUCAAGGGAUGGGACCGUAAGUGGAGCCUGAUUUCCCUAAGGACUUCUGCUUUGCUCUUCAAGAAAGCUGUGCCCCAGAGCCCCAGAGACCUCAAAUUAUUUUGUGAAUAGAACCCUGAAAUGAAGAUGGGCUUCAUCCAAUGUACUGCAUAAAUAACCAGGGAUUCUCUACAUGUAUUGAGCGGUCUCACUGUCUGUAUAGAGUGUUAUACUUGGUAAUAUAAAGGAGAUGACCAAAUCAGUAAUGGGGAAGUAGAUUUGGCUUCUCUGCUUCUCACAGGACUAUCUCCACCACCCCCAGUUAGCACCAUUAACUCCUCCUGAGCUCUGAUAACAGAAAACAUUUCUCAAAAACUUCAUCCACAAUCAUUAACGAAAAUAAGAAUUAUUUUGAUGGUUCUAACAGUGACAUUUAUAUCACAUGUUAUAUCUGGAGUAUUCUAUUCUAAGUUUUAUAUUGAGCAAAUAGAUAAAAACCUCUUUACAGAAGUAU